AUGCUGGGGCAUCAAGUUGACAUGGCGACCUUGGAUAAUCGCGCGGCAUGUGAGAAUUGGCGUGCCAAAGACCGUCUUCGCUCGUCCCUGCUCGCAUUGUUUCCGGCCGCGUUAGUCGGCCAGGUCGUUCGUGUCACACUGUUAGAUGACAGCCAAGUCACAGGGCGGUUAGAAUCGUGCGAUGGUAUGCUAAAUCUCGUCCUAACCGGAGGCGUUCUGGUCACACCGGCCAACACAUCGAAGGAUCGAAUCGAACCGAUCACACUGGAGGAGAUCACCAUAUUUGGAAAACGUGCCCGAUACGUGAGUGUUCCAGGUGACUUGGAUGUACACAAGACACCGCGCGAGUGGGAUUUCGACCUCUCUUCGGGACGAUCCGCUCUACCGGUGGACAAACGCCUCUUGUCCAGACCGAAACGAGCCAAAGAUAAGUAUGCCUAUCUUCGNCCUAACCGGAGGCGUUCUGGUCACACCGGCCAACACAUCGAAGGAUCGAAUCGAACCGAUCACACUGGAGCCCCGUACAGAAAUCGCGCGUUGUCAGUUGUUUCGCAUACCUCCUUAUGUGCAUUACAGGAGAUCACCAUAUUUGGAAAACGUGUCCGAUACGUGAGUGUUCCAGGUAACUUGGAUGUACACAAGACACUGCGCGAGUGGGAUUUCGACCUCGCUUCGGGACGAUCCGCUCUACCCGUGGACAAGCGCCUCUUGUCCAGACCGAAACGAGCCAAAGAUAAGUAUGCCUAUCUUCGACCGGAUAGUGAAACUGCUCAGAGUUCAGACGCUGUUUCAUCCAACAAUCAUCAACAGUGUGGUAAUGAAUCGGCUUCCGGAACCACCGGGACUCAUAAAUCGAUCCCAGACGAGGUUCUCCGGUUACCAUCUUUCACGUGUGAUGCAUUGGGAAUGAAACUUAUCGGUGAUCCGGACACGGAUCGAGCACUGCUUAGCACUUUGUACAGUAUAUUCGAUGAAAAGACUUCUGAUUGA